AUGUUAAAUAAAAACAUAAACGAUGAGGGAGAGUCAUCCAGUUCGGCGGAUGAAAUAUCAAGGGACGCAUUGAAGGAAGCGACGGAUCAUGAAUUUUUGAAAGAUACUUAUUUUUCCACAAUGAAAUCCAAUGAUUCCAAAAAUUCUGAGGACAAAACUCGUAAUUCGGCAUACGUAGAGAAUAUAAUAAAGCCCAAAUCAUUAAGACAAGAUUUAAAGCAAAAAGAAUGUUUUGAUAACUUUGGAGUGAGUCCAUCGUUCCAGAAUUAUGUUGCAAAGAAGCUGGAUGAAAUAAUAGAGAAGUCUGUUAAACUAAAAAGUAGAAAGCAUAAUUCAUUCACAAACAAUGAGGGGAAUGUAGACAAUUCUGGCAUAAAGCUUCUUAGCUCUUCAGCAGACUUUUUAACAGCUGAAGAAGAAAUUGAGAAACCACAGAAAAGAAGAAGGACUGAAGUAGCAAUAGAUGAAAAAGCUACAUUAUUGAAAUGCAAAGAAGUUGCAGUGGAUCCUGAGAAGAUAUUGUCAAAAACAGAUACUAAAGCUUGGACAAGCAAACGAAAGGAACCUGAGUUCAAAUAUAAACGAUUAAAGAAUGGUACUUUAGUUGAACAAACCUAG